AUGGAUCUUCUACACAGCUGGGGCGUGGAGCUGGCUGUCUAUCUGCAGACCAGAUAUGGUAAAUAUGAAGGUUUGUUCAAUCUGGCAUCCACAGUGGCCGAUCUGCACACCACGUUCUUCUGGUUGUUCCCGAUCUGGUUCCACCUGCGGAGGGACACGGCACUCAGGCUCAUCUGGGUGGCUGUCAUCGGAGACUGGCUCAACUUGGUCCUAAAAUGGGUUCUAUUUGGGGAAAGACCUUACUGGUGGGUUCAUGAGACCAAGUUUUAUGGAGCAGGACCGGCCCCUUCACUCCAGCAGUUCCCCAUCACAUGUGAAACUGGACCAGGAAGUCCUUCAGGUCAUGCCAUGGGUGCAGCUGGUGUCUGGUAUGUGAUGGUAACAGCGCUGCUCUCUAUUGCAAGAGAAAAACAGUGCCCCUCGUUGCUAUACAGAUUUUUGUAUAUAGGCCUGUGGAUGCUAAUGGGCCUGGUCGAGCUGGUGGUAUGCAUGUCCAGGGUCUACAUGGCUGCUCACUUCCCACACCAGGUUAUUGCAGGAAUCAUUACAGGCACACUGGUAGCUGAAGUUGUUUCCAAGGAGAAAUGGAUCUACAGCGCGAGCCUGAAGAAGUACUUCUUAAUUACCCUCUUCCUCACCUCCUUUGCUGCUGGCUUUUAUGUGCUUCUUAAAGCUCUGGAUGUGGACCUGCUGUGGACCAUGGAGAAAGCCCAGAAGUGGUGCAUCAGGCCAGAGUGGGUUCACCUAGACUCUGCCCCCUUUGCUAGCCUCCUGCGGAACAUGGGCAGCCUGUUUGGUCUGGGCCUCGGUCUGCACUCACCGUUCUACAAGACAACCAAGAUGAAGAUUAUGAACGCCCCUUUCAGGAUUGGAUGUAUUGUCAUCUCUGUAUCCCUGCUUCACCUGUUAGAUGGAUGGACAUUUUCCCCUGAAAACCAUAUGACUUUCUAUGCCCUUUCCUUUGGUAAAAGUGCUGUUGCACUUUUGAUCCCAACUACUUUGGUGCCUUGGGCUCUCAGCAAGAUUUACCCUGUAAAGACAGAAGGCAAAAACUUGUAG